AUGUUGAAUUCUCCCAUUGCCCCCCUCCGAUCAGACUUGCGACGUGGAGACCUAUAUCGAAAGAACCUGCCAUCCUUAUGGCGCACAAAACAUGCCGAACCGGGUUGCAAUGAUCUUAAGAAAAUGGCUCCUUACCCGGCCCAACCCAUCAAGGGCAGGGAGAGAUACCGAGUCAUGAUGGACGUCCGGAGAUUGGACGUGGAAAACUGGCUCACCGUUGAUAAAAACUAUAUGGACGAGCACGAGGUUAGAAGCCAAUUGCUGGAGAAAGAGAAGAGCAAGGUCCUCCAAUGCCUCCCUGAGUCAUAUGACGCAUGUCUAGAGGCAUUGGAAGAGGUAGUUGAAUUCCUCUGCCAGCGAUUCUCCAAUGUUUUCGAACAAAAAAAGUGCGGUGACGAGACGACUGUGCACAACAAAAUGACUGGAGAGACAUUUUCCUUUGGAGGAAAGAACAAAGAUGUCGAUCCACUUGAGAUAGCCGUCAGACUGACAAUGGAGGAUUUGAGUAUUCUGAUGAAAAACGAGGAGGACGAGUACUAUCUGGCCGCCAGCGCAAGCCUUUUCCCCGUUGGCUGGACAGUUCAAGACCGCAUUGGGUGGACCAUCUCUAAGCUUCACAACCCGGUACCACUGUGGCAUCAGCAGGUUGCCAAUUCAGUCAGCAAAUUCUUGGCUCGGCUCACGCCGGCAUCACCCAUGGAGAGAUCCAACUACUUCGUCGAAGUGAAGCGGCCCGAUGAAGAUCUAUUUGAGAUCCUCUAUCGUCCCACUUCUUUAUCUGAGGAGAACCCGGAUCCAACGCCACAGGAUAUUGUUAUUCGUCGUGAGCGACAAACUUUCCGUCGACUUCCUCGUACCGGAGCACUCGUCUUUGGUGUCAAGACCAUUUUGACAACUCUGGAUGAGCUGCCAAUGCAGGAAUUGCAAAACCUUGCCAAGGAGAUCAAGAGCUGGCCAGAAUAUGUUGGUGAAUACAAAGGAAGAGAGGUCUGGGGCCCCAAGGCUCUAGAGUAUUGUGAGAAGAAAAGCCAACUGUAUCAAGAAGACCCUGAAAAGAUGGUGAUGUAA